GGUAUUCGCCGACGACCGUUACCGGUUCUAAAAAUUAUGUCGUUAUGGGGGAUACGUUAAAACGCUUUAUUUCACUUAGACGCUUGUAAACACUGAAAUGGAAAGAGAAACUUACGUAAAGUUUUCCGUCUCUCGACUCAAAGACGAGUUAAAGAAAAAAGGAGCCACCACGAGAGGCAGAAAAGCCGACCUUAUAGACAGGUUUGUAGUUUCAUACCUCAUAGCCGUUAUUUUCGUUUGUAAUAUUUCAACAAAUUCGUAGCUCUGCACCCAUGCAGACGACGGAGGAUGUUUACGCCGGCAUGAUUAUGCCUAGAUAUUGUUUUGAUGCUCAGUGCGACAAUUCUUUUAUCAAAAUUCAUCAAAAUUCAAUAAAUUAAUGUGAUAUAAGUUAUAUUUAUGUCAUCAAUUAUACGUAAUAAUUAUAGUACUAUACGGACUGUUGUUAAUAUUGUAAUACAUGAUACAAUGGCAUUCACUGACAUGUACUAGUACGUCUUGGUACCUAAUAUUUUUUUUUAUGGGAAGUGGACAUUGUACAGUACUUUAUUGUAAGCUUAAGGCAUAUGAUAGAAAUAAAGAUUUCAAGAAUGACCCAAUUCAUAUACCUGAGCCUUUGGAAGUUGAUUGGCCAACGAGGGGAUUUCAACAGCUCCAGGAAUCACAUAAAGAAGAAAUCCCAGAGAUAUGCAUUGAACAGAUAGACAUGUAUUUUGUACAUAGAUUAGCAGGUGACAGACAAAGCACUGGUGAUGUCAAGGCUAUCGAGAAAGGAAGGCUGCUUGUUGAAAGUGAUAGAGUCUUGGCUGUGUCAUAUUUAAAGGAAGAUAAUUCCCUGUUCUUUACAGGCAUUGUUGGCGCAGCCAUGAAAACAAAGGUAACAUACAACUUCAAAUUAAAAUUUGACAAAAACUCGGGAGACAUCUUGAACAGCCAUUGUGAGUGUCCUGCAGGACGAGGUCCCCAUGGAACUUGCAAGCAUCUUGCUGCUGUUGCCAUAGUUUUACUCUCUUGUUCUGAAGGAAAAGGUUUGAGGAUUCAGAGAUCAUGCACAGAAAACCUGCAGACAUUUCAUAAACCCAAACAUUCAUACUCAGGUUCACCAGUCAAAGCUGAAGAUCUGCCCAGGAAGCGGAAUCUGACUGAUGAUUUUUUAAAUGAUCCCCGCCCUGAACAUCUAAAAGGUGUAGCUGGUUACCCGGAUAGGGUUCGCAAUAUGGUCUUAAACCAUUGUGCAGAGACCUCAGACAAUCUGACAUACAGAUAUCUCAUCGAGAAAGCAAAUAUUCAGGCAGCAGUAUUGGACCAUGAUUAUUUGGAAAGACCCUUCACAGAGUAUUGGGUUCAACGAGCUGUUGAGGUAACAGCAGAUAAAGUAGUUGCCAUUGAGGAGCAGACACGUGGACAAGCCAGCUCAAAUAAUUGGUUCAAGGAGAGAUCAUGGCGGAUCACAGCCUCAAGAUUUGGAGAUAUCUGUUUAGCUAAAGAUAGGCGUAAUAGGCAGAAACUCUGCGAGUCUCUAUACCAGCCUUCUGCUGCUGUAUUUCACAGUGAAGCUCUAGUCCAUGGACGUACCUACGAGACACGUGCUAUUAGAUCCUUUGAAAGAGAGACUGGCCAAGGUGUUCAAAGAUGUGGUUUCUUUGUUGAUAUGGAUCGACCUUACUUGGGGGCAUCACCGGAUGGACUCGUUGGCAAUGAUGCACUAAUUGAAGUCAAAUGUCCCUUUGCUGGUCGCUUUGAGAAGAUUCAGCCUGGAAAGUACUUCCCAUAUCUAACAAUGGACUCUGUAACUGGUGAAAUGAAAUGAAACCCACCUCUAAAUAUUUUUUCCAAAUACAAGGCCAAAUGCUUAUUGCCAAAAAACAAAUUUGCUAUUUUGUUGUAUACACUUUCAAAGAUUUGUUCAUCCAGAAAGUACAUAUUGAUGUAGAAUGUUGCCAGAAUUCUCUUCUUCCAAAGCUUGAUGUAUUCUAUGAUAAAUUUUUCAUGCCAUACUUGUUAUCCUUGCUGUAAAGUGGAAGCAUAUAUGCAAACUUGUGUAAAAGUUUCUUCUAAAUGAUUUAUCGAGACAGUUCAUUUUUUUUAUACAGAAUCUUUUUUGUAUUCAUGAUUUGAUUAGAGUCUGCAAAUGAUUCUUCAUGUUUUUUUGCCUAAGUUUCUGCCCAGAAUGCCAAUCAAUUUCAGAUGAAAUACAUUGCAUAUCCAUGAUAUGAAAUUUUCUGUAUUGACAAUAUACAUGUAACAAUGCAUAGAUGUUGGUUAUAUAAAGUGUUAAACUUUUUAAAUUGAUUUUUAAAAAAAGAUAUUGUACUUUGACCCUUUCAAGGUAAAUAGCUUUUACACUUAAAAGUUGAUAUGUCUACCAAGAUCCUUGUAUGAUGUAUCCCUUUGAAUAUUGACAGCACAUGUUGCAUAAAGGAUACAAAAAAUGUACGAUACAUUUAAAACUUGUAAGCAGAAAUAUGAACACAACUUUCAAGGGAUUCACUGUAUGUGCAGGGCAUACAUUUAUUAAACUUAGACAUGUAUGCAUGUACAUUUUGAUAUACUACUGGCACAUGUUUAAGCACUUUUAUCAACAAUGCAAUUCCUAAAAUUUGACAACAUAAAACAAAUGUACACAA